CCUCCCCUUCACGCCUAAUGUUGCUGUACCUCCAACCCUCCCCCCGUAUCAGAGGAGUAGAAACAACAAGCCGCCAUUUUGUUUGUGCGGACAGACCGUCAGAAACAGGAGAUAACCGAGAGAAGGAGCGACUCCGGCAACCGACUGCAGCCGCUCCGGGAACCGCCGCGGAAAGAAAGAGUGGCGAAAUCCUGUCCGUGUUAAUCAAGCGAGAGAAGGCAUCACCAAAAAGAUAAGACGUCAGUGGAGGGAAAACCGAGUCGGUGAAAUAUAUGUGUGCAUGAGAAGGAAAUACUCCGAAAAAUCCAAGGAAGGGGGUGUUUUGCGGAGCGGAGAGGCGGAAGAGAGCUAUAUAUUAUCAUAACGAGGAAAAACCUGCGAAAAAGGGAAAACAUCAACAUGAAAAUUCAUUAUGUGCCCGUCGCGGAGGAAGGAAAGACCCCGCAUAGACAAUUAUAUAAAUAAAUUGCUGCCGGGCAGAAGGGAGAGGUGGAAAGAAAGACGGGUUUAAAGAGAAGGGGAAAAUUGCCAGGAUCAACACGAAGGGGGGCAUUCUCCAUCACAAAGAGUAAAUGAGAGGAUUUUGUCAGCCCAACAUUUUUUAGGGGGGUGUCAACCUUAGUGUGCCGAUCUGAAGCUUUCCGCUUCCGAAAAAGCCAUAAUUUCUUAGCGAUCCGCCGUCAAUUUCUAUCACAUUUUCGCCUGUCGCCGUAGCUGUGCUCCGGUUUUGGGUUAAGAGCUUUCUGUUUCUCUUCACUUGCAUUGCCAAGACAUCCUACAAACAGUGUGUGACAGGUAUAUUGUUGGGAAUAUUUGUCAGUCUUGCCGUUAUCUGAGAUUGCAAGUGUUUAAACCAAGCGAAAAGCUGAGGAGGAAUCUCUUCUGGAGCACAAGAUAAGUAACCCCACAGAUCGUCCUCUGCAAAAUAAAACUAAUUGGAUCAAUCUGACUGCCCGCUGGUUGGCAAUUCGCGCUGUGAUUGCCCUCAAGAACUAUUCUGUCAAAGAAAUAAAGUCUGCAUCAGAAUCGAUUGCACAAGAGGAGUGUUUUUUUUUUUUUUGUCAAGAUUUUCUAUUUUCAAGCUUUGCCAACCCUGCUGACUGCGAUAGGCAAAAAUCGCGCAAAAGGGUUGCAACAACCAAAUGUGCAGUGCGAGUCCGUUCUUUCUGACCCAGUGCCUUGCAUGGUCAAACACUAAGUGCACAGUUUAGUCCGCAUGCACAUGCAAAAGAAUACUCAUGCAUGGAAAUGUACAUCCGCAAUAGAUUUUCAUUUUAUCUGAGUUAAGUGCAAGUGUGGGACUCCAGUGUUUUCACCUUUCUGCAGAACUGUUAUACUAUUUAUUCAGUUACUGUCAAGCCAAUGCAAAUUGUUUUUCUCAGUAUUGCACUCGAGAGUACCAUUUACGCUUUAAUUGUAUUUUCAAACUACUGCUGGUGGCCUCCACAUACCGGCUGACUGCCCUUUUGGUUUGGAAACGUAAAGGAAUCGGUUGCAUUGGCAGCAGUGAGAUGUCUGGUCAGGUGAGAGAAAUGGUAAAUGUGACCGAGAAUCUCAUAACUGUUGCAUGAGAGAAGUUCACACAGGAAUACUCCUGGCUUGUGUUUUUGGAUCACAAUUAUUAUUUUCGUGCCCUGACUGUGACUCGCCACUGGACCGUUUCAGACCUGAAAUACAGGAUUUCUCCGCCGACUAUGGCGGACAGGACUGAGUGCAGCACGGAGGACGGAUCUUGGGACAAUUUUAGUGUCGCAGAAGAGGCUACAUGAGGUUGUCAGAGGGCCGCACGCUUGCCUUUUUUGCCGACUCCACCUUCCCACCUCCUCCUGAUCAAAUCUGUGAAGAAACAAAAUCUCCGACAGGGGAGGGGGACUGAUAUCUGCAGAGCUGAAUAAACCGAGAGGGAGAACUGUGAGGGAAAGAGUUCAACAUUGCUGUCUUCUCCCCUACCGUCCCCCAAGCGGUGGGGGAACGAUCAGAAGCAUUUCCUAAAGGGAUAAGGAGACGCAAAUAAGGGAAAUACGUUUGGCCUCCGUGGAUCUACUGCAACUUUUUAAUUCGUCAAAAAUAUGGCCGAUAAUGUCCUGGAGUCCGGCCCGCCUUCAGCUAAGAGGCCCAAGCUGUCCUCUCCAGCUCUCUCGGUGUCUGCCAGUGAUGGAAAUGAUUUUGGUUCACUCUUUGACCUGGAGCAUGACCUCCCAGAUGAGCUCAUCAAUUCCUCGGACCUCGGGCUGACCAACGGAGGGGAUGUCAGCCAACUCCAUACCAGUCUUGUAGGGCUCGGAGGAGGGAUUGGUUUGGGAGGCCAGGAUGCUGCUGCGAAACACAAACAACUGUCUGAGCUCUUGCGCGCUGGAGGACCAGCACAGCAGGGUGGCCCUACUUCCAACAGCACUGCACCUGGGGCUUCCAUGGGGAUGAUGGGGGGUGUGAGUGUCUCCCCUGGUGGACCCCAAGGCAUGCCCUCCCAGGGCCAGCCACAGCAACCUGGAUUAAUGCAGCAAGUUGGGAUGGUCGGAGGGGUGGCAGCACUCAAUCGGGCAGCUGCCAUGAUUGGCGCCCAGAAGGGCAACACUGGACAGCAGCAGCCAGGCCUGAUGGGGGGGCAGGUGAUGAAUGGCUCGCCGAGAAUGGGUUACCCUGGCAGUGCAGGCAUGGAUAACAAUAGUAAUCUGUUGGCGGAAACCCUGCAGCAGCAGCAGCAGCAGCAGCAGCAGCAGGGUGGUCAGCAAAUGGGACCCGGGGGUCAGGCAGGGAUGAGACCACAGCAACCCGGAGCACUGAACAAGAUGAAUAUGAUGGCCAAUGCGGGCCCCUAUGGUGGUCCGUACGGCCAGUCUGCUGGCCAGGGGCUGCCUGGAGCAGGGCUGGGCCCACAGCUCCAGAAUAAGGCGGGCCUGCCCAACAAUAUGGCCACCCAGUUCAACAUGGACAAGAAGACACCACCGGGUCAAGGCAUGCCUGGGAUGGUCUCUCAGCAGCCCGGAGCAGUUGGUGGUGUAUCCGUCAGCGGAGCAGCAGCAGUGGGAGGGGCUCAGGUUGGGCUCGGUGCCGUAGGGGCGGGUCCCGGCACAGCGCCCCCUACCGCAGACCCUGAGAAACGGAAGCUGAUUCAACAGCAGCUGGUCCUCUUACUCCACGCGCACAAGUGCCAGCGGAGGGAGCAGGCGAAUGGGGAAGUGCGGCAGUGCAACCUGCCCCACUGCCGCACCAUGAAGAACGUGCUCAACCACAUGACUCAUUGCCAGGCUGGCAAGUCCUGCCAGGUGGCACACUGUGCCUCAUCCAGACAGAUCAUCUCUCAUUGGAAGAAUUGCACACGGCACGACUGUCCUGUAUGCCUGCCACUGAAAAAUGCUGGAGACAAGAGGAAUCAGCAGUCUCUUGUUAACAGUGCGGGGGUGGGAUUGGUGAGCUCUUUAGGUUCAGGGGUGCCUGGUGGACAGUCCAACACUCCGAACCUGAACCCUCCAAACCAGAUUGACCCCAGCUCUAUAGAGAGGGCCUACGCUGCACUAGGCCUCACUUACCAGGGCAACCAGAUGCCACAGCAACCACCACAGGCCAACAUGCCAAACCAGGGGCUGCAGGGCCAGCCUGGGAUGAGGACUCUAAACACCAUGGGAGGAAACUCUAUGGGAGUGAAUGGUGGAGUGGGUGUGCAACCCCCUAACCAGCAGUCCAACCUACUACCAAGCGCCAUGUUGCACAGCAACAUGACUGCACAGAGCUUAAUGAAUGAUGGUGUGGGGAACCUGGGCUCCAUGCCCAUGGCAACUCCUCCUUCUGCUGCAGGCAUGAGGAAGUCUUGGCAUGAAGACAUCACGCAGGACCUCCGCAACCACCUUGUCCACAAGCUCGUGCAGGCCAUCUUCCCCACUCCCGAUCCAGCUGCACUGAAGGAUCGGCGGAUGGAAAAUCUGGUGGCUUACGCUCGAAAAGUAGAGGGAGACAUGUACGAGUCAGCCAACAGUAGGGCGGAGUACUACCACCUGCUGGCAGAGAAGAUCUACAAGAUCCAAAAGGAGCUGGAGGAAAAGAGGAGGACACGACUCCAGAAGCAGGGCAUGAUGCCGGGACAACCUGGCAUAGCCUCCCCAGGCCUCCCGCAAGGGCCUCCCAGCAUGGGACAGCUGCCCAUGGCCCUGGGGCAACCCCCAAAUGGUCCUCACGCUGAUUCGUCCAUGGUUCGACCAGCUGGACCCAAUCAGAUGGUCAACAGGAUGCAGAAUCCAGCAGGAAUGAACCAGUUUGGUCAGAUGGGGAUGCAGUCGAUGGGUCAGAGGUCGACACCUCCUCUUCCUCUUAAUGCUCCAAUGAACCAGAUGGGUAUGGGAGCAACAAGGAUGGGUCAGCCCAAUGCCACACAGUUACAGAACCAGUACCUCCCUCCAGGCCAGUUUCCUGGGUCCAGUCCAGGACGUGGUUCUGGUCCUGUUGGCAUGAACCAGCCAGGAGCACAGACUGCUGUGCCACAGCAGAACCAGAUGUCAACGCCGCCUUCCCUCCCAGCCAGCAGCCCUGCAGCACAGUCUGCCUCUUCAGCUCCAGGCUCCGGAGCCCCUGGAGGCUCCAUGGGGUCUGGUAGUGCCAGUGGUGCUGGGCCUUUACCCAACCUGCCUCCAUCCUCCACCUCCACCCAGCCCAACUCGUACCCUCACUGCCCACCCAUCCGAACAAAUUCCCCCUCGCCAGCACGCAGCUUAACGCCUCAACCGCAUCAAACACCCCCCACGUUACCUCGUUCUCGGACCCCACAGCCACAGACUCCCAGCACACCCCAGCUGCCCCCUCCACAGCACCCCCAGCAGCAGCAGCAGCAGCAGCAGCAGCAACAACAACAACAACAACAACAAGCUUCACAGCAGCAGCAGCAGCCAUCAGGGCAGGCAGAGAACCCCAAUCAGCUUCCGCAUCAGAUGCUUGGGGGUGUGGCUUCCUCAGGCCCCCAAGCAGGUCAGGCUUCUUCGGUGCCUACCCAGAAUGCUCAUGUGCCAUUGCAGCUGCCUCAGACCCCACUGUCUCCGAAGCCUUCUCUGAAAGCAGAUGGUCAGGUGUCCUCUCCAGCCUCAGUCAGCAGCAGCACUGAUCCCAGCUCCCAGCUCAACCAGGCGGACGGUCCUGCUCUCAGCCAGGAAGACGUCAAAAUGGAAGUGAAGAAGCAGGAGGAGGAGGAGGAUGAAGGGGAUGAGAGCCAAGGAGAGGGCAAGGGAAAGAUGGGCAAGGGUCUGCCUGACGUGAAGACGGAGGAGAAACCAGAGAUAAAGAAAGAGAAGCCGUCAGGAGAUGGGUGUAAAGGCGAGCCCAUGGAUACAUCUUCUUCUUCGGUGUCAUCGUCAGUAGCAACAGGUGAAGACAAGAAGCUGGAGGUGAAGAAAGAGCCCAAAGAGGAAGAGGAGGGGUCAGGGUCAACAGCCUCCAACAGCUCCCCAGCCAGCGCUCAGAGCAAGAAGAAAAUCUUUAAGCCGGAGGAGCUGCGUCAAGCUCUGAUGCCCACCCUGGAAGCUUUGUACCGGCAGGACCCUGAGUCCCUUCCCUUCCGUCAGCCGGUGGACCCCCAGUUACUGGGAAUACCCGACUACUUUGACAUCGUGAAGAACCCCAUGGACCUGUCAACCAUCAAGCGAAAGCUGGACACGGGACAGUACCAAGAGCCUUGGCAGUACGUCGAGGAUAUCUGGCUGAUGUUCAACAAUGCCUGGCUGUACAACCGCAAGACGUCCCGCGUCUAUAAGUACUGCUCCAAGCUGGCUGAGGUGUUUGAGUCGGAGAUCGAUCCCGUCAUGCAGGGCCUUGGAUACUGUUGUGGGAGGAAGUUUGAGUUUUCCCCCCAAACUCUAUGCUGCUAUGGAAAACAAUUAUGCACCAUCCAACGUGACGCUGCUUAUUUUAGCUACCAGAACAGGUACCACUUCUGUGAGAAGUGUUUCAACGAAAUCCAAGGCGAGAGUGUUUCCCUGGGGGACGACCCCUCCCAGCCUCAGACGUCCAUCAACAAAGACCAGUUCCAGCGAAAGAAGAACGACACACUGGACCCUGAGUUACUUGUGGAAUGUAUUGAUUGCGGUCGUAAAAUGCACCAGAUCUGUGUCCUGCAUCAUGAAACCAUAUGGCCGUCAGGCUUUGUAUGUGACAACUGCCUCAAAAAAGCCAAUAAGACGCGGAAAGAGAACAAAUACGCCGCCAAAAGGCUUCCUCAGACCAAGUUGGGGAGCUAUUUGGAGACACGAGUGAACGACUACCUCAAGCGGCAGACCCACCUUGAAACUGGCGAGGUCACCAUCCGUGUGGUCCAUGUCUCAGACAAGGUGGUUGAGGUCAAGCCAGGGAUGAAGUCCAGGUUUGUCGACAGCGGAGAGAUGGCUGAGUCCUUCCCGUACAGGAUGAAAGCCCUGUUUGCCUUUGAGGACAUCGAUGGAGCAGAUGUGUGUUUUUUUGGCAUGCACGUUCAAGAGUAUGGCUCGGACUGCCCGCCUCCCAAUCAGAGACGAGUGUACAUCUCCUACCUGGACAGUGUGCACUUUUUCCAACCUCGACACCUCAGGACUGUUGUCUACCACGAGAUCCUGCUAGGCUACCUGGAGUAUGUUAAGAGGCAGGGGUUUACAACGGGUCAUAUCUGGGCCUGUCCACCCAGUGAAGGGGAUGAUUACAUCUUCCAUUGUCACCCAGCGGACCAGAAGAUCCCCAAGCCAAAACGCCUGCAGGAGUGGUACAAGAAGAUGCUGGACAAGGCUGUUUCUGAGCGCAUUGUCCAUGAUUACAAAGACAUCUUCAAGCAGGCAACAGAGGACCGGCUGACCAGUGCCAAGGAGUUGCCGUACUUUGAGGGCGACUUCUGGCCCAAUGUGCUGGAGGAGAGUAUCAAGAGCUGGAGCAGGAGGAGGAGGAGAGAGAAGAGGGAGGAGAACAGCACCUCCAAUGAGAGCACAGAUGCCACAAAAGGAGACAGCAAGAAUGCCAAAAAGAAAAACAAUAAAAAGACAAGCAAGAACAAGAGCAGCUUGAGCCGAGCCAAUAAGAAGAAACCAGGGAUGCCCAAUGUUUCCAAUGACCUUUCCCAGAAGCUCUACGCCACCAUGGAGAAACAUAAGGAGGUCUUCUUUGUCAUCCGCCUCAUUGCUGGCCCCACCGCCAACUCGCUGCCGCCCAUCACUGACGUGGACCCCCUAAUGGCCUGUGACCUGAUGGAUGGCCGAGAUGCCUUCCUGACUCUAGCCAGGGACAAGCACCUGGAGUUCAGCUCCCUCAGGAGGUCCAAGUGGAGCUCCAUGUGUAUGUUGGUGGAGCUGCACAACCAGAGCCAGGACCGCUUCGUCUACACCUGCAAUGAGUGUAAACACCAUGUGGAAACCCGCUUCCACUGCACUGUCUGCGAGGACUAUGACUUGUGCAUCACCUGCUACAACACUAAAGGUCAUGAGCACAAGAUGGAUAAACUGGGGCUUGGACUGGACGACGACAGCAACAACCAGGCAGCAGCAGCUACCCAGAGCCGGGACUCUCGCCGUCUCAGCAUCCAGCGCUGCAUCCAGUCGCUGGUCCACGCCUGCCAGUGCCGCAAUGCCAACUGCUCUCUGCUGUCCUGCCAGAAAAUGAAGCGUGUUGUUCAGCACACAAAAGGCUGCAAGCGCAAGACGAAUGGCGGCUGUCCCAUCUGCAAGCAGCUCAUUGCUCUGUGCUGUUACCAUGCCAAACACUGUCAGGAGAACAAAUGUCCUGUCCCGUUCUGUCUGAACAUCAAGCAAAAGCUUCGGCAGCAGCCACAGCACAGGCUCCAGCAGGCCCAGAUGUUGAGAAGGAGGAUGGGGCAGCCAGCUGGAGCCCCGGGAGGACCUGUCGUAGGUCUUCCAUCACCAGGGAACAAUGGUACCAUGGCACCCAGUACCCCAACUUCUGGUGGAACCCAACCCCCAACACCCCAGACCCCGACUCAGACCAUGCCUCCAGUCCUGCAGCAAGGAAUGGGCCCUGGACCUGGAGUGCAGCAGCAACAGCAGCCAGGUGGGAUGCCCUCACAAAGUGGCAUGCCUCCUCAGCACCCCCUUCACCACCAGUUCCAGCAGAUGGCGGGUGGAGGAGGCGGGGCUGGGGGGAUAAUGAGCUCUCCCCAGCAUCAGCAGCAGAUGCUUCCUCAGGUCCAGCAGCAGCAAAGUGGAGCAGGGACCAACCCUCAACAGCACCCCAACAAUUUGCCUCCAUAUGCCAGCAGACCCCCGGGCUUCCCGAUCCAUCAGUCCCAGGGCAAACCAGUCCUUGGCUCCGCAACACCUCCCCAGCAGCAGCCUGGUGGCGCUGUCAUUACUGGAAGUGUUGUGGGCCAACAACCUCCCAACCAGCCCCAGGGCCAGCCUCCCCUUCUGCAGCAACAACAGCACCCCCCUUCUGGCCCUCCACCGGCAGCAGUAGAAAUUGCCAUGAAGAUCCAACAGGUAGCCGAUGCUCAGAGGAAGAUGGCUCUGCAGAGACAAGCAGCCCAGGCUGCUGCUGGCUUGAUGCCUCCUCACCACCAUCAACAGGGUCAAGGUCAACAGAUGGGCAUGGGACAUCCAGGGUCAGUAGGGAUGGUUGGACCCCAAGGCAUGCCACCACAGACCCAAGCAGCAGUGGCAGCUGCACGGGCCCACAUGGAUCAACAACAGAGUGCUCCGCCAGGGAUGAUGGUUGGCGCUGGUGGGCCCAUGCAGCAACCCCCUCAGCAGGGUAACCUGCCCCAGGGCCAGCUCUCCCCUCAGGUACAGCUUCAACAGCAGAGAAUGGGUGCUCCACUUCAAAAUCCUCAACAGCAGCAACAGCAGUGGGCAGGCCAGGGGAUGCCACCUCAGCAGAGGCAAGCUAUGAUGAACCAAAUGGGCCAUCCAACCAUGAUGGCAGCUCAACAGCAGCAGCAGCAAAUGCAACAGCAGCAGCAGCAGCACCAACAAGCUCAGGGCCAUGCUGCCUUGAUGAAUAUGGCACAACAGCAGAUGCAGCAGCAAGGUGCUGGUGGCGGGGUCCCAGGGGGAGCUGUCCCUGGAGUUACCGGUGUCCCAGGGCUUGGAGCUGCUGGUGGUAACAUCCCCCAGGCAGCCCUCCAGGAGCUGUUAUGGACUCUUCGCUUGCCUAGCUCACCACUCCAGCAACAGCAAGUCCUCAACAUCUUGCAUUCCAACCCACAGCUCAUGGCUGCUUUUAUCAAGCAGAGAGCCUCAAAAUACAAGGGUGGGCCAGGUGGACCAGGUGGUGUCCCUGGAGGUCCUGGUCCCACAGGGUGUCCCGAUAAUGUCAUGCCAGGAGGGGGCCCACAGGUGAACAUGAAUGCUGCAGGUGCUGGCCAGCCGGGUAUGCAUGGGGGUCAGGGAGGGGCCAGUGUCAACAUGGCCACUAUGGCCCAGCUACAGCAAGUACAGCAGCAGCAACAGCUACAGCAGCAGCAGUUACAACAGCAGCAGAGGCCAAUGCUCAGCAGUUUACAACAACAGCAAGUGGCAGCUCUGCAGCAGCAGCAACAGCAGCAACAAGGGGGAGGAAGAGGUAUGCAGGGCCAGGGGCCACAGAUGGCAAAUAUCAAUCCCCAGUUUAGAGAGCUGCUCAUGAGACGGCAUCUCCAGCAGCAGCAGCAACAACAACAGCAGCAGCAGCAACAACAACAACAACAACAACAACAACAACAGCAACAGCAGCAGCAGCAGCAGCAGCAAAUGGGAAUAAAUCAUGGUCAGUUCCAGCAGCCACAGCCACCACAGGGGCAGGGCUACAUGGGACAGCCUGGGAUGCAGCCUCAGGGCCCACCUGGAGUUCCGCCUCUUGGCCCUCAGCAGCCUGUUGGCCCCCCAGGCCAGCAGGGGCAAGGUUACCCAGGGUCAGUGGCCCAGCAGCAGGCUACAGCUGCACUCCAGCAGAGGCUCCAGCACCAGCACCACCUCCAGAUGCAGCAGCAGAAUGCCAUGGUUGGCCUGCCAGGGGGUGAUGCAGGGCCAGGUGGAGGGGGUGUAGGAGGUCUUCAGCAGCCACCUCAGGGCCCUCAGCCCUCUCAGGGUGGCCCCCCACCUCCAUCUUCUCAGGCUCUGCUCCAACAGGCCCUCCACCAGAGGCUACUCCAGCAGCAGCAGCAGCAUCUGGGCCCUGGGGGGUCACCAGCCCAGCACAGCAAUCCCAUGAGCCCUCAGCAGCCGCAGCAGAUGGCCCAGUCCCCACACCCACAUCUGCAGGGCCAGGCACUGCCCACAUCCCUGGCUAACCAGGUGCGAUCCCCACAGCCUUCACCCAGACCCCAGUCCCAGCCGCCACACUCCAGCCCGUCCCCACGCAUGCAGCCCCAGCCCUCGCCACAUCACAUCUCCCCCCAGAUGCAGACAGGUUCCCCACACCCUGGCCACCUGAACCAGCAUCACCCGGGUAUGGUGGUCCCUCCACAACAACAACAGCAACAGCCAUCAACCCAGCAGCAGCAACAGAACUCUAUGGAGCAGUUUGGGUCGGACCAGAGUGCCAUGCUAUCUCAGUUGAGUGGCAUGGCAGGUCUCCAUGGGCCGGGGGGGAACGGUCAGGAUCCACUGGGCCAGAAUAUGAAUCACAACCCUUUAAACAUCAUGUAGGAAUUCUACUUAACGUGUCAAGUUGAGCUGAAAAGCUCUGUGAUUCUUCGCACAAACUGCACUCACCCAGGACAGUGUUAUUGUUACUACUUAGCCUUUCUUUUUUAUACUAUUAUUAAAUGUUAUUUAAAAUGUUUUCAAUAAAGAUGCAUUGAACUGAACUUCCUAUGGGAGAUGAACAAUAAAUCAAGCAGUCGUUAAAUAAAUUAGAGAAAAUGAAUUGUAAGUUAUUGCUGUUAAUAUAUUUUUUUGCCAAUUGUGGACAAAGGGGGGGAUGGUUUCUCUACGACCCCCCCUCAACUCCACCUCUUGCUGAAUACAAGAAGGGUGAUAUUUUCGGGGGUAAAUAGGAGUAAUUGCCUCUUAAGAAAUGUUUUUAAGAUUUUAAAAGUGGUCAAGAAUUAAAGAGGAAAUGAUUUAAUGCAAAGAACUUUUUUAUCGGUUUUGUUUCCCAUCAUUCAGUCUGUCCAUUUCUGUUUUGCAGAGUGAUGUGGAUUAUUAUUAAUGUAAAUCCAAACAUGAUGCAUAUCUUCAUUUUUAAAUGUUUGGGUUUGUUUUAUUUAUUGUUUCCUUUUGGGGGGUGGGGGUGUUAAUGUACGCUGAGACUGCUACAAUUCGUAUAGAAAUAUAUUUUUGUUAUUGACUGUUAAGAAGGGGGGUAGUGGAUAUUUCAUUUCACUUUAGAUGUCUUUAGUUGGGUCUGUCCAGGUGGGAAAAAUUAAAUGUCAGUGUUUUAUUGCAGUGGUUGAGGGUCUGCCGUGAGUUUGAGAUGUUGAACGGACAUAUUGUGACGUCCCGGCCAGCUUCUGUAUUGGACAUCGGUCAUGCUGGAAGGGACUCUACCCUCGCAAACAAGCAAGCCCUCUCCCUCGAAUGUGUGUGCACUCCUUCCUUUAAAGACACUUAAUAUGGAGCAGUGGAGGCUUGGGGAGGGGGGAUGCAUACCUGUGUGCCUGUAACAUUUUGAGUACAUGGGCUGGGAUGUGAAAAAAUGGGUGGGGUGGGCUCCUUUUACUGUUUUUAGGAUUCUACUGUUUGGAGUAAACAGACGAUUUUGAUCCAAAUGAACUGUGUUGCACAGAAAUGAGGAGAAAGGAGGAGAUAUGAGCAGUCAGUCUCCGUCUCUUUCUGCCUCGUCCCCUUUGCUGCUUCCCUUGGACUUUAAACCCUCCUCCUCUUUCUCCUCUGGGGGAAGUCGUUCUCCCUCCCCCCAAACUCCAUCCUCUGUAUCUUUCUGCUAAGAACUUUGGGAGUUUAAUUUAAUAUUUUUUACUGUACAAAGGAAACACAAACUGUGGACUCAAAUACUGUUUUUUAUAAUAAAAUGAAAAUUACCAACA